AUGGACGAACUCAGAGUUAAAAAACGGAAAUCAGUUAAGGAACUUUCCAUUCAAAUGGACCUGGUCAAAAGUGUGGUCAACUAUAAGGAUAGACCCGAUAAGAGACAACAAGCAGCUCCUCAACUCUACGACAAGAAACAAAACAUGGUAAAGAAUGAAGUAUCCUCGCCCAACACUAGCUCAAUUACUUCUCCCAAAAAUAGACGAGCAAGUGUUGGAUUCUUUCUGCCCUCACAACGUCAAACUGCCAUGAUAGAUUCAGAUUCAGAUUCGGAUGACGAUGUGAUUAAUAUUAAGACUCCACAAAGUGCUAGAAGUAAUACAAGUAGUUCACAAUCUAGGUAUCCAGUGACAGUGCCCUUGUAUGAAAGAAGAAUACAUUCGGCUAGGUCAAGUAGAGUGAGGAAGUUUGCUAAUUUUUGUUGA